UGAAGUGUCACAGUAACCAAGGUCCCAUUCAGUAGUAUAGUGGACUUGACACGGGACGUUCAGAACGCUCCAACCGCCAGCAUGACUGAACAAAGCCGAAUGAACAUUAUCAAUGGAGUUGCAUCCCUUCUGGUCGUGGCGUGUGGUGUCAUCUACAGCUCUCUGAUUGGUGCCCUGAUACAUAAGGCGAAAGAGUUUGUUCAAACUCAAACCGGCUACAACAUCUCCUUCGCUGACCUUCCUGUGUGGGCGUUGGGUUUUGCGUACAUCGUCCCUGGAAUCAUUGGUGUCAUCGCGACAGUUGUUAGAGCGAAGGGUGGGUACAUCACUCACAUGGUGUUCUCCAUCCUCACGCUUUUGAUCAUGGGGAUCUUCGCCAUCGUUGGAAUCAUUGCCCUUGGUGCUCUGGCUACCGCCAAUAUACCAUCAUGCAGUUCUUUGGGUGACAAAAGUGCUGCAUGCGCUGAAGCCGAGUCCAUCUAUGGAAUGGGAGUAGGGGCAAUCAUCAUGAUCGUGUUCGGCUGGAUCUUCGCCCUGGUAUCGACAAUCCUCUCUGGUAUUAUGGCUUGCAAGCCAGAGCACGUGAGCAACCCAGUGCAGUUUGGCUCUAAGCCUUAUUAGUCAACAGGCGAAGAUUUAAGCUACACUAAGAUCAUGAGAUCAGAAGACUGUUGCCAUUACCAGACACUGGAUGUAUUACAUUAAGUUACGCUGUUUCAGUUAUCAAGUACUUAGGACCACAGGCCUAAAACAAGAUGUUACCCACAGGUUAACAGUUCGUCUUCAUUGUAACAUCCAUACAUGUGGGCAUACAUAUUUGGUAAUUGUGUUGUUUAAUUUUGAAUAACAUGUCGUGGUGCAAACAUAUAUAGGCCUAGAAUACCAAACGAGCUCCCGUGUAAUACCAAUUUUAUGAAACGAGUGAAUAGUUCUGGUAUUUGACGAGCGAAAACAUUAAAUUGGUACUACAGGGGAGCGAGUUUAGUAUUUUAGUUCUGGUAUCUGAUGAGCAAAAGCAUUAAAUUGGUACUACAGGGGAGCGAGUUUGGUAUUUUAGUUCUGGUAUCUGACGAGCGAAAGCAUUAAGUUGGUACUACACGGGAGCGAGUUUAGUAUUAUAUUUAUUACUUGCCGUUGAAAACCUUUUUUAAGAAUUUCAUUGUCGUGUGUGAAUAUAGGCAGACAUCUACGCGAUCCACAGCAUAAUCCAAUUGUGUUUAACAAACAAUACUUCAAACACGUCAAAAGUUAACACGUAUUAAUUUAAUAACAUGCAAUUGCCCAUCUUAAGAAUUCAGGGUUCCUUUCCAGAAAGUUAUCGUAGUGCUGAGGUUAUCAAUAACUCCCAUAUACCUAGACGUACAAGUGUCGUGGCACUACGAUCGCCUUUUGGAACGGGGUCCUGCAUCACAAAGUUUACAAUCACGUCACAAUCCCCUUUGACGUAAUUUGUGAAAUUUUGUUGCAAUAUCCACCGGCGAAACAAUGCCAUGUGGCGUCAGCCUAGCAACAGGGUUGCUGGGGUCAUCAAGUGUGCAUAAGCUCCCUUCAGUAAUCUAUCAUCUCCACACGCAAUGUCGUUGAAUAAGCCCAGGGAUGUUGAGAGAUUUCGAUAUGUGUUCGUGAAACUUGUUCCCACAGUACAUUAACACGCACUUUGGUAUUACACAAUGUGUAAUGCAGCUGUAUUUUUAUUAAACGGGUGAUCGAUAGCAUUUGUGUAUUUAAGAUCAGUCAGGCUCCAGUAAACAGUAAACUCAAAAUUCACAUUUAGAAAACGGUAUUCAUCUGUCCAUCGUUCAAUAUGCACUUUUUUGGAUGGGGAAGUAACAGAAUUACUGCAUGUGAUCCAGAUGAUGAAGGGCUAUUUAGGUUCUGCAACAUGUCUUUUUAUAUAAUGUUUUAUGAUUAUGUGUUUCGUUUAAAAAUUGCAUAGGCAGAGCGACAUUGAAUGCUCGCUGUGUAGUCUGUGGCGUUAAAUCGAUGUUUGAAUUCUUAUAUAUACAUGUUAAGUUUAUUAAAUGCAUCUAAUGCUUCGCACUCAACGAAAGUAUUUUGGUGUGUCGUAAAUAUGUAUUUCUCUUUUCCCUGUCAACAUGUCAGACACAGUUAUCACAUUGUCCAUCAUAAAAAACCUCUCGCAAUCGUAAUGAUUAUUUGACCACAUCUUUCCCCGUCUAAAAGCUUAGGAAAUAUUACAAUGUACAGUGACUUAAAAAUAAUAAACACUACUUUAUUGGCUUGAAAUGAAACAUUUACAAUAUUGUUCGACCAUGUCAAUGUCUUCGAGAAGAGAACUUGAAGAUAUUUUAAGUAUGGAAUAUUUUCAAUUUUCGAAACUCUGUAAUACCACUUUUAGUGUUUAGAUAAAACACUCCUAUUGUUAGAAGUCAUGGUGUUUGUGUUUAUUGGCUUGAAAUGAAACAUUUACAAUAACGUUCGACCAUGUCAAUGUCUUCGAGAAGAGAACUUGAAGAUAUUUUGAGUAUGGAAUAUUUUCAAUUUUCGAAACUCUGUAAUACCACUUUUAAUGUUUAGAUAAAACACUCCUAUUGUUA